GUUCAGCAGCCUUGUCGCUAUUUUCCGCAAUGUUUACGUUCAAGUCAAUUCCCGGUAUCGGCAAAUGCGCAUAUUUUAUAUAAUUUCCAACUAGAAAUCAGUGCUAAAUAUUUCUAGAAUUCAUUGAUUGAUGUAGUGGAUAUGAUUUCUGAAGAAUGAAAUAAAUACUUUUUGUUCAAAGAAGGAGAAUGAAUGCUGACCAUUUGUUGAGCAAGAAAGAAAAGAAAUAUCAUCAGCACCAUUAAGAAAUGUCGAAAAUUACAUUUAUUUUAAUUAUGAGAAGAAAACUCUCUACACGUUUGCAAAGUUUCUUUUAAGAUGCUUUCUGUCAGCUCUAUUAGUGCGCAGCCUUUCCGUUGUCGCUUUUGCGACCGAUCAUUUACAAGAAAGAUUUACUUGAAUCGCCAUUUAAGGAAGCAUAACAACAAAGUAAACUUCAUCUGUGACGUAUGUAAAAAGGCCUUUCCUUAUGAAUCCGAGUUGCGCAGACACUACAGAAUUCAUACCAAUGACAGACCUUUCAAGUGUGAUUUGUGCGGGAAGACAUUUUCUCAAAAUUCCAGCUGGAACAAACAUUAUCGCAACCACACGAAUGAAAAGCCUUACGUCUGUGACGUUUGCGGUAAAGCAUUUUCUCAAAACUGUGAUUUGAAUCUGCACCAUCGUAUUCAUACAAACGAGAAACCGUUCGCGUGUGAUUUGUGUAAUAAAGUGUUUUCUCACAAAUGUAACCUUAAUAGGCAUUAUCGUACUCAUACGAAUGAAAAGCCUUUUGUUUGUGAAACUUGUGGUAAAGCCUACCCUCAGAGGGGAGAGUUAAACAGGCAUUUACGUACUCAUUCUGGUGAAAAACCGUUUUCCUGUGACGUGUGUGGCAACAGCUUUUCCCGGAAAUAUACUUUAGCUUUACAUUCUCGAACUCAUUCUAAUGAUAAACCUUUUGUCUGCCAGAUUUGUGGAAAAACUUUUUCCCAGAAACGUUAUUUAUAUAAACAUUACCGUAGACACAAUAAAAAGAAUGCAGCGAAAGCUGAAAAUUUGAACAAUAAAAAUUUGACGACUGACAAAAGUUCGAAGAACAAACAUUUGGCAGCUACCGAAAGUUCAAACAAUAAUUAUUUGAAAACUGAGGAAAAUUCUAACAAUUUUUUGACAACUGUUGAAAAUUCAAACAAUAAUUAUUUGAAGACUGAGGAAAAUUCUAACAACUCUUUGAUAAUUGACGAAAAUUCAAACGAUAAUGAUGUGACGGCGGACGAAAAUUCUAACAAUUCUUUGACAAUUGCCGAAAGUUUAAACGAUAAUGAUGUGACAUCGGAUGAAAAUUCUAACAAUUUUUUGAUAGCUGUCGAAAGUUCAAAAAAUAUUUAUAUAAAGACUCAGGAAAAUUCUAACGAUUCUUUGACUUCUGUCGAAAGUUCAAACAAUAUUUAUUUGAACACUGAGGAAAAUUCUAACGAUUCUUUGACUUCUGUCGAAAGUUCAGACAAAUUUUUUUUGAAGACUGAGGGAAAUUCUAACAAUUCUUUGACAGCUGUUGAAAGUUCAAAUAAUAAUUAUUUGAAGACUGAGGAAAAUUCUAACAAUUCUUUGGUAGCUGUUGAAAAUUCAAACAAUAAUUAUUUGAAGGCUGAGAAAAAUUCUAACAAUUCUUUGGCAGCUGUUGAAAAUUCAAACAAUAAUUAUUUGAAGACAGAGGAAAGUUCUAACGAUUCUUUGACAAUUGCUGAAAGUUCAAACAAUAAUGUGACGACGGACGAAAAUUCUGACAAUAAUUCUUUGACAUCUGAUGAUAUUUCUGACGAUAACUGAUUGACCAAUAAGGCAUUUUAAAUGCUUAAAUUCUCCCUCUUAGGAUGAAUCGCGUUUUUUUUUUUUUUUUUCCCCUUUCCCUUCCCAUCCGUUUUCAAAUAGUAGAUACAAUUUCGUAACAAUGCGACUUGAAUUAAUAACAAAAGAUGCUGAAUUAUUUAAUAUUUAUAUUUUGUUACAUUUUAAUGGAAUUUUUUUUAGUCUAGAUGGUUUUCGUGAUUAUUUUUAGAUUUAAGAAUUGGGUAAAAAUUAUUGUGAAUUUUAUGAAACAUUUUGCGAUUUUUUUUUUUUAAAUCAUGCUUUAAGAAGUCCUGCUGAAAAAAAAAAUCCACUAAAAAACGUUUGUUGAGAAGAAGCAGAUUUAAAAAAAAAAGAAAAGAAAAAAAAGUAAGAAAUUUUUACCUGGUGUAAUUAUUUAUGGAUAGCACGGAAAUUGAACGGAGCAGUUGAAUAAUAUAAUAAUGGACGCAUUGUAAUUCUUCGCUACAAAGAAUUAAACUUUUUCUUCAGGUUUCAGAAACGUUUGCUGAGCAGGCACAUUAUUUGCACAACAGUAAGGAUUUUUUUCUAUUUAAUUUUUACUUGAAGCUAACUUUAAAAUAAAAUAUUUGUUCUAGCUGAACGAUGCCAUCCUUUUAUACUUAAUAUCUAUAUUAAGAGAUGUCAUAUUUUAGCUCUAGCUCUCUCUUUUCAUAAAAAGAUAAUGAUUGAAUUAUAGAUUUUAUGCUUGUGCACAGAGCAUUUUAUAGAUCCUUUCUUAUAUGACUCUGCGUAUAAUCUAUCUAUCUAUAUACAUAUAUAACGUUAAUGUAAGGGGAACAAAAAUCGAGCUUAUUACUAAUUGUCGAAUGGCAAUGUCAAAUAUAAAAAAAAUGUGAUACGAAUUUCAGACUGUUUCAUUCAUUGAACAUUUCCAGCAGUAUUGAAUCAAAAGCUUCGCUCAGCUAAUUAAUGGAGCUGCAAAAUGUUAUUAGAUGUGUUCUGGAGACAGUUCGCCACAGCACUAAAGAGGACAUUCGGUUAAAGGAAAGAAAAUCUAAAAGAAAUAGGCUUCAAACAAAAAAUUCAAUCAAGCAUCAAAAAUAGGCUUAACCAUUGCCAGAUAAGUAAACAUGGUAAGACUUCAGAUUAAAUAGAUUCAGAUCAGUAAGGCUUCUCGCCAAGGAUGUCAAAAUCGUGCCAAUUGUCCAAAAACUCUACCAGAGUCUGCAGUUCUUGUGUGUAUACCAGAAAUGCUAACAAACGGUUCUUAAAGUUGCAAUCAAAAAUUGUCAUGAUUACAUUUGAUGAGAAAUCGCUGAAAAUUUUUCAAUUUUGGUGCCCAUGUAUUAAUCCUAAAUCUAGCCGUAAUCACUAUGACUUGCCUACAGAAAUUGAUACUCAAAUCUUCCAAAACAAUUAUUUUAUAAAAAUGCUUCUUGUUUUAUCUGAAGCCUAACAUUAUUAUCUUUUUAAUUAGAUAAAUUUCAUUUUCGUACAUUUUUCAUUUAACUUUAAUAAUAUUUUAAUUCAGUUUAUACACUAUCCGAAACAAUGCUUUUAUAGGAUUCCAACGCUUCAUCAGAACAUUCAAGCACGUACUUUUGCCAUCAUUCAAUCAGCAGUAGGAUUUUCAUUUCCGCCUUUAUUUCGUAAUAUAUAGGCUUUGUAAAUCGCAGUUGACUGUUUUAAUUGAAUUCACGUGUUUUAAUUGUAUUAAAUAACUCGAUGAAAUUAUUUUUUUUAAAGGAAUGCAUUCCAUAUUAAUAAUUUAACAGUCUAAUAAAUUAAUAAUCUGGGCGAACAAACUGGUCGCCAAAAGCGCCUAGUUUAAUAAUAAAUUUAUCUUUCAAGCAAAUAAAUUUAUUCAUGUUAAGUAUUUAAUUCAUGUUAACAAUUUUUUUAAGU